UCUCAAGGGGACAUAAUCUCGACACAAAUCAGUAUAUCGGAUGAUUGGAAAAAUGUUGAAAAUUGUCGUAUGUUGCAGACAUAUGGUUUAUAAGUCGAUAUAACAAAAUAUUCCAUCAUUAACGUUUGAUAUGAAAGUCAUUAAUUACAUUCUGUGUCACUGAGUUUGAAAUGGAUUAAUGUAGGACAGGUGAUAUAUUAUUUUCAGAUUUGUUAACCUUCUUCUUGGUCGCAAUGUUCAAGUUUUUGGUAUGGAUGACAUUAACAUCAUCUUUAAGUAUGGGUAUAAAACAUGACAGCAAAGGAAGGAUAAAGAUGGGCGAACCCAACCAUAGUUGUGAUGACGCUGAGUGGCCUAAUAAUUACAUAGACAUCGGCUGUAAUGAUUUCAUUUGUUCUGGACCAACAGUAAAAGGAACUAGAAAACCUACAGUUAAAUUGGAUUUAUCUCAACCUGACUAUGGAGCGAUGCAUAUGUGCAUGAACAAAAAAAUUGUUUACAACCGAACUAUACCAUCCAGUGGCGAUCACCGUCCACUUUGGGCAAAGUAUGGUGAAUAUGCAUAUUGUCCGCCUCAAAGAUGGCUACAUAACGCUGAGCACGGAGGUAUAAUUUUCUUGUAUAAUCCAUGCCUGGAGAGUAGUCAAAUUAAACUACUGAGAAAAGCAGUGAAGAAAGCCAAAGUUAAGAAGUAUGUAAUGACGCCUUAUUCCUUACCUAGAGACAUGCCAAUUGCUGUCGUUGCAUGGAGAAGUGUUCUACAAAUGAAUGCUGUAGAUAUUAAACAGAUUGUAAAAUUUUCUAAGAAAAGGUAUAACAAAGGACCUGAAAGUACUAACAAAGAAGGCCAGUACACGUUUGGCUACCGGAAAAGCUUGGACAGUUACAUUGCAGACUUAAACCAGAUAUUCGGGAUAGAGUUUUGCUGAUUUACUUAUUAAAAAGUUUGAGGAUAUUCCUUGAUCUUUCUUU